AUGGUCGGUGAGACCACGUCUGGGCACAACACAUACGGUGAUAGGAUCAGCGGAGACAGUACGUACGGAUUGAUGACGUUUGGUGACAGUACAUAUGGUGAGAACACGUAGGCAUUCAUUACAGCCGCCGAAAUCGUGUUCGGUCCGAGCACGUAAGGCGAGAAAAUAAGCGGAUUGCCAACAACAUUGAUCGUUGGAGCGAAUGCGUAAGGUGCCAGUGUUGUGUGUCGGAAGUACUGAAUCUUGAUAGUUCGCUUUUGACGUCGUUGCCGGUACAGAGCUUUCGGAUCGUCAGCCAUGAGGCGAAUCGUGUUCUUCAAUGCUUCAUCUCUUUCCGAUUUACUCAUGGAGUCGAACUCAUCGAUGUCAAAGGGCAGACUGGCGGUUGUGGUAUUCAUAAUACCAUUCUCUCCAUACAAUUGCAUCAGUUGAUCCUUUGUAAGAUAUGAGUACUGACGUCCUGCAAGAUCACGUCGUUGGUCGGCUUUUAAGGUCCUCUCCAGUUCUAUGAAUGCCCUAUCGAUUGCAUUCGUGAUCGAUACCAAAUCUUUGUCCAAUCCCACUCGCUGCAUGUCUUCCAUAAGAUUGAGCGAUUUUUCUACGAUAUCAUUCACACCUGUCUGUGAAGCUUUUCCUUCGUCGAAGUGGAUUGUCUUUGCCGACCACCAUGUCCAACAUACGAUGCUUAAAUUGCCCAGCAUUCCUUGUCUCUGAGACUUUCGCUUGCAGCUUCACAGGUGUUUUAUUCGGAGUUACAAGAGAUGGUAUGGAUUUCAUAUUGAUCGGUCUAAACGGUGAAUCCAUACGAUCAAUUCGCUUCGCCUCGUCAAUCAUUUCGUUCUAGCUCUUUUCAAAGACGUUUUCCUCAAUAUCUUUGGUGGUUUCUUGACAAAAUUCAGCUUCAACAAUCUGGCCGCUCUCGUUUUGGCGAAGUCUUUGACGGCUUUACGGAUCAGCUUCUUCUUCCUCGUGACAGCCGGUCUUUUCAGAUUUUUAUCCACAAAAUCAUAUUGGCGACGAUGGAGAGCAUACGGAUACGACUUCACCAGCUGUUUAUCGAAAGCUUUAACAAGACAUUUGGCACCCGAUUGCAAGUCGUGCUCUUUGUCAAUGUUAUCCAAGCAGGCCACGAAAGCGCGGCGGUUAUUUCUAGAAGGAAAAAUUUCAAUAACGAAAAGCAUAAUCUUGGAAGAGUAG